UUGCCUCUGGCAUUCUUGCAGUACAGCGAUAGCCGCGCAUUUCGGGAAGAUUUAGUCACGUAUUUGAAUUUCCCAAGUACGCGCGAUUCAGAAUUUAAACAGAGUCACGACACUGGUAAAUGUGAGGACUAUUUUGAAACUAUUUUAAAAAUAUUAACAAAUUUGUGCGGAUUUGUGAUUGUGAUUCAUUCAAUGCGUAACAGAAUAAACUAUACACAUAAACUUAACAAUACGCUAAAGUAAAUCUAAGUCUAUUGUAUUUUAAUGCAAACAUAAAUAACUAAAGCCGUCAAACUCAAGCCUCAAUACACAAUAGCACAGACCCACCAAAUAAAGCCAAACAUAAUGUCCAAGAAACUACCAACUAUAUCCGUAACUGCCGACAAGCGAUCCACCCAUUCCGACUUAUCCUCCUCAUCGUCAUCCCACGACACAGAUAGCAAUGACAUGGACUAUGGGCGCAAUGGCGGCGGGGGCGUAACCGAUGUCGAAGAUUUUGACAGUCAGGUGGAGGUACUAAAGCCAAGCUCCCGUCGAAAUUCUUGUAACUCCUCCCUGAAGCCCAAAGCUCAUCCUAAAGCGAAUACGGGAGACAACGAUGUGACUGAUGUGGAGGACUACGACACAGAAUCGGAAGAUGAUGAGAAGAGCACAGCAUACCCAGAACUAAAGCUGUCGCUUAGGGAGUUCCUCCAGCAGGGACUCCAGAACCAGGAAGCCGUCGAUAAUGAUGCCAAGGAGAGCUGUGAGAUAAAAGCCGGAGAUUUCGUGCAAGCACAAAACCUAAAUGGUAUGGCAGACUAUCUGACUGAUUGCGAAGACUACGACACCGAUUCCGAAGUUGGAUAUGGUUGUGAGAAAUCAGUGUGCGUUGAUCUGGAUCAAGCAAUGGGUGAUCAGGGGCGAGUAAAUAUUGCAGAUGGCGAGAAGAACCAAGACGACUCCGAUCAAUAUGAAGAUGUUUCUGUGAUUAGUGAUAUAAGCGAUUUGGCCUCAGCCAUGUCCGAUUGCACUGGUAUUGGGGUGCGUGGCAUGUCCGAGGAUGAAGUUUUGGAGGUAUCCGAUAGUGGUCACGAAGAGGUUUGCAACAUUGCCUGCUCGGAAUCAGAGUCCGAGUCCGAGGGAGCAGCUGCGUUUAGCCAGAGUGCAAGUGAGACUAGUUUUCCUGCAAUUGACGUGGCCUUCGUAAGUGCCAGUGGACAGCCACGUCGAAACUCGAAAUGCAGUAUACCCACGUCUGGACAGAAGAAUUUCCUACAGCUGGCUUCGAAAAACGAAGAGGUUUUAACUGACGUUGAGGGUAUUGACGACUCUGCCGCCGAGGAUAGCUUUGACAACGAGGAGGAGGACGAACAACCCAUACCACGUGCCAUAAUCCUUGCCUCUGGCGAUGAUGGGACCUGCCUCACUGAUGUCGAGGACAUGUUCUGUGAAGAGAGUUCUCAGUCCACCACUGCUGAACCGGAAAUUCGUUCAAUCUGCCACGAGGCAUUACCACUGCCCCAUCGCGAAGUAGUAGAACUGAAGGAGGAUAAGUACGGAGACACAAUUACCAAUGUCAUGCCCAUGGACACAAACUACGAGUUUGGCAUUUACAACCACCUAAAGGACAUGAUCCACACCGAUUCCGAGGACUAUUCGUGUGCCGACGAGUGGAGCCUUCAACGUUCAGUUGCUGAAGAUGCUGCGAUGGGAGGACCGAGUCUAAUUGAAAACGAAGUAAUUGUAUCCAAUGAACUAUUGAAGCAGCAGCAAAACAAGCGCCUGGAAGUACAGACCAAUGCCGAGUCCGUAACUGAUGUUGAGGAAAUCUUCGUGGCCGGAAUAAAUCGCCGCAAGAAGUUAAAGACCCGCACUCUAAGCAAGGGCAAAAAUAAACUACUGGACGCCGUGAAGGGCAAAGAGGAUGGAGUCACAGAUGUCGAGGAUAUGGACCUGAGUGAAUGCGGUUUACCUUUGGGUGUGAAACGAGUGGAGCAGCUUAAGCAACAGGCAAAGGGAUCAAAUGCAGACAAAACCUCAGAAUCUGAGGAUGUAUCCACCGACGAUGUCUCCGACAUCUCAGACGUCUCCGACGUACCACCGCCAUCGACAGGUGACAAAACUAGCGGCAAGACAAAGCCACAACCGCUUCACUUCCGUCUGCUAAAGGAUGAUAUGCAAAAUCAGGAACAUACCGAUGUUGAGGACGUUCAGUUGCCUUCGGAUGCGGAAGAUGCGUUGGAACCGCCGUCCGUUGCAGUGGCCAACAGCAAUAGUAAGGAGCUGAAUGAUAUGUUGAACGAGAGCUAUACGGUGGUGCACGAGAAGAGUGGUCGCAGUUUCAACAGCGAGGCCGAGAAGCUACAUGCCAAAGGCGUGAUCCGAGAUGCCCAUACCGACGUUGAGUAUGUUGAGUCUGACGAGUCAGCCGCCAGGGGAGGCAACUAGCGUGCUUCCCGUGUCCGCAGCCAAUCCGACUCGAAUCAGUCCCAUGCAGUUGCCAAAAUAAAUCUCAACAAUAGUUAAUAAGUGUUCAUAGAUACGAAAACCCAACACACACACUCUCAAGCAUUUUAAACCCUUCAGGAAAAAAAAGUAGACCUAUCCAAUCUGGAUACCGCAAAGAUCUCACAUGAAAUUGGUGAUGUUAAAGUUGGUGGUGGU